UGCACUGGUAUUUCCUUCAGGAAAUGCAUAUUCUAAUAAUAUCUUGCACCUGGGACCGUCGUUACUACGUUACGCCACUGGCACUCUGUCAUUGCUUUCCCCACUUCAGCCUUUGUCCCCUGUGUCAUGCCCGGCUCACAGGCAUGCCAAAUAACAGAGAGUCACACAGGAUUUAACGACAAACAGUAUAAUUUUAUUUAGCAGCUAGGGUUAUAUUACCAGGCCAGACUACGGUGAGAUGGGGCAGUCAGUGAAUCAGUAAGGUUGUCGUGUAUGUAUGCAUGCUAGGGCAGUAGAUGGAAUGUUGUAUCUCAGUAGGUACGGAGCGAUGAGCAUUGCGCAAGACGAGCAGUAGGGAGCAAGGCUUCCACGCGAUCUCUCUCUCUCUGAAUCUCCCAUGAAAUCCGUGGGCGGUGCUCUUAUAGUAGCAGACCCAGGUGUUCCCAAUAACGAACGAGCUGGCCACACCUGCGGGGCAUCUGUAAUACAAAGACAAGUAACUCUCCCAGCCACCAGAAGAGGCGGGGUCGUCACACCUGUUCUCCGCCCGCUCGCAGGGAUAUAUUGGAAUUUCCUGCUGCUCGUCUGACAACUUUAGUUCACUCUGUCCGUUAGUGUGAUUGUGGCUAAGUUGUACGAAACAUGUCUUCGCAGAUAUACGAUUGCAUUGUAAUUGGAGCCGGGAUCCAGGGGUCCUGUACCGCAUACUACCUCGCGAAGAAUAACAAAAAAACGCUUCUUCUCGAGCAGUUUGUCCUGCCACACUCUCGUGGAAGCUCCCAUGGCCAGACACGGAUCAUACGGAAGGCGUAUGAACAGGACUUCUACGUCCGGAUGAUGGAGGAAUGCUACACCCUGUGGGCUGAGCUGGAGAGAGAAGCAGAUGUGAAGCUAUACAGGCGCACGGGCCUUCUCUUGUUGGGACCAGAGAACGGUCGGGGGUUUCCGAUCGUCAAGGACACCCUGCAGCGGAACAAGGUCCCCAUCGUGGUGCUGAAGAGGGAGGAGUUCAGCCAGCACAUCCCCAACUUCAAUCUGUCCAGCGGGGAUGGAGCACUGGUGGACACCACCGCAGGGGUGCUGUACGCGGACAAAGCCCUUGUAGCCAUUCGGAGGCUGUUUAAGUCACACGGCGGGGUCAUUAAAGAUGGGGAAAAAGUGAUUGGCAUCACGCCUGGCCCAGUUGUCACGGUGACGACAGCCUCCGGGGCGUACCAGGCCAAGAAGCUGGUGAUAACGGCGGGGCCGUGGGCGAACACUCUGCUCUCGCACACCGGCCUGGAGCUUCCACUGCAGGUGACGAAGUUAAACGUGUGCUACUGGCAGGAGAAGGUUCCGGGCUCGUACGACAUCCGCAACCGCUUCCCCUGCUUCGUCCAGGUGGAGUCGCUGGAGUCGGAGCACCACAUCUACGGCCUGCCGUCUAACGAGUACCCAGGACUGAUGAAGGUGUGCUACCACAUUGGCAAGGACACGGACCCAGAUGGGAGAGACAGACAGACGAACCAGGACGACAUCGAGAUCUUGAAGCGCUACAUUACCCGCUGUAUGCCCGGCCUGGUGCCCGUGCCCGCUGUGGUGGAGAGCUGCCUCUAUACCAUAACUCCUGACACAGACUUUGUCUUGGAUCGGCAUCCGACUUACAGCAACAUUGUGAUCGGUGCUGGAUUCUCAGGUCAUGGCUUUAAGUUUGGCCCCGUCAUCGGCAAGAUCCUGUAUGAGCUGAGCACGGAGCAGGUGCCCUCCCACGACCUCGCUCCAUUCAAGAUCAGCCGCUUCCAGGCCCACUCAAAGUCCGCACUGUAGGACGACUGCCCUCUGGAGUGCCACUGCUGUGACCUAGGUGCAUCAAAUAUCAGAUGUCAAGAAUCCAUCAAAUAUCAGAUUUCAAGAAUCCAACAGGAGAGACAAACGUCAUCAAAAUUUCAAACCUGAAACAUCAAUCAUCAUGAAGACCUCUUUAAAACGUCACACCGGAAUCAAACAGUGAAAACCACUAUAGAAAUAUACCAAAUUCUUUCACAAUUGGGAAUAGUUGCUUUAACAGUGACGUUUUCCUCUGUGUGUUCUGAUAAUAAGCACUGAUAC